CACAAUGUGGAGAUCAACGAUGUGUGAAAGGGCACGAAUGUGUAUAUUUGUAUAGAGAAUCCGAGAGGCUUCUUAUUGUUGAAUGAGGUAAAAGAGUGCCUGUAUUUUCAAGCACAGACAAUGGCGAUAACUACGCGAAAAAUGGAGUUUAAGGAGUUUUCAUUAGGCCUAACUGGGUUGCAGGGUAUUAUUAGCAGACUGGAUGACCGUUUUGCCCAAUCAUGAUUCUCUCUCUCCAAAAAGUAAACGAAUCUAUUCCGCUACGAUAAAAAAGGAAGAAAGCAAUGAGACUUAACUGUGUGACUGUUGACCCUGUUCAACUUGGAUCGCAAAAACCCAGAAAACCAACUUUUCAGAAAUGGGCGUCGACCGUUUGAUCCGCAGGAUCGGGCCUCACCUUCUUCCAUGGCUUCACAAAUCUCCUUACGGCCCAAUAUUAUUUGUGAGGCACUUGUCAUACAAAGAUAUAAAGAAGGCGACAGAUGGUUUUCAUAGAAUCAUUUAUUGCAAUUCUCAUGGAACUGCUUAUAUGGCCAGAUUCCAAGAUGGUGGGGUUGCUUUGGUAAAAGAAGUUACUAGUCAAGAAAAAGACGUCUUCUACAGAGAGGUACAACUCCUGGGCCGCUUACAUCACCGCCACCUUCUUCCACUCAGAGGGUUUUCCACUGGAAAUAAGAGGGUGCUCAUUUUUGACAGCAUAGAAAAUGGAAGCUUGAAGGAGCAUCUUAGUGAUCCUCUUAAGACUCCCUUAAAUUGGAGGACAAGGCUACAAAUAGCCAUUGGUGUAGCAGCUGCACUGGAAUAUUUGCUACUCUUCAGUGACCUCCCGAUGUAUCAUGUCUCCAUUACCUCAAGCAGUAUUAUGUUAGAUGAAAAUUUUACAGCAAAACUAUCUGAUGUUAGCCUUCUUAGUUCUGGUGGAAAUGAUGUCACAGUGCCUCACGCCUCGUGUCCAGAAGAAUGUGUCGUUCCGGAUCGUGGUAACCUUAUACUCCAGCUUGGUGUGCUAAUUCUGGAGCUUAUUACUGGUCAAUGUUCAGAAGAGGGAGGUGCUGAUCUAAUCCAAUGGGUCCAAGGAUCUCGCUUUGCUAGUUCCAUGCAUAAGAUGAUAGAUCCAGAUCUUGGAAAUAACUAUAAUUCUAGUGAGCUUAAAAGGCUUCUGACUGUAGCAAAACUGUGUAUUAAAUCUGGGGAUAAACCAAUGUUUUCUAUUCCACAGAUACUUCAUUAUGUCCAGAAGAAGUUAGAUGUUUCACGUGACUAAUAUUUUCAUUGUCCAUUUACUUCACAGGAAAUUUUCAUAUAUUAUUCGAAAUUGAUUUAAUUUUCAUGGAGGAUUAUUGCUUAA